UACAGUGACUUUCCCUCAUCCUUUACGUGUUUUCAGUGGAAAAUAAGUGUAAAAUGUAUUAUUUCUCCGGGAAAAUCAGAAUUUCAUAACUUGUCGGUACAAUUUUUUUUCGCACUAAGAUGGCGUAUGAUAAAUUGCGAGAAUUGGCAAGAAAAAAAUUUUUUUGAACCAGGAAGUGGCACGUUUUUGGGUCAUUUUUGGAAUUAAAUUAAAAUAUUUAAAUAAAAAUUGAAUUUUUCAUCGUUAUUUGUUGCUUCAAAUGUGGCGUCUAAUACGUUUUGCACUUAUUUCUCGCUGACUCACACCAUUUUUGUACGAUUUUUACACAUAAAUAUACUUUUUUUUUGUUCUUGAAAUAUUAAUUGGAAAUUGUUGUGUGUUAUGUAUUAUCAAUAAAGCAAAUGUAGAUGGCCAUCAGAGAUUCCAAUGGCUCUUUGUGGCCACACAAGAGAGUUGUAUUUGUGUUCGCACGCUCUUGUGGCCGAAGAAAAAUCCUUUUUUGAGCUCUCUUUACUUGAAAUUCUAGUAGAGUAAAAAUCACGAGGUUCUCUAUCGAUCUAGACAGAGAGGAUAAACCCCGCUACUGAGGAUUUUUGAAGCAAAAUUAUGGAUUAUCAUCGUGCCGCGCAUCCCAAUGACCCGCGUGUCAAGUCGACGUCGUCAUCUUCGCGUCGUUCCCGCAGUCGUAGUCCACGAAAAGGCAGUCGUUACAAUCGCCGAUCACGCACCAAGAGUCCCGAUCGUUCGUACAAUCGUUCCCGAGGUCGUUCCAAGCGUCAUGAUUCGCGCGAUCGUGAUCGUCGACGCACUUCACCACCACCAAUCAACGAAAAUAAUCACAUGAUGGACGGUUACGGCAACAAUUACGGCGCAGAAGUCGAUCCCACAGCUUAUAACAACGCCUGGCCCCCAAAUCCGUAUCAAUAUGCGCCUCCUCAGGCAUACGGGGGAUAUGGAGCUGUUCCGCCACCACCGAUAAUCAACAAUGCCGUGAGUAUUUCGCAACCUGUACCGCCGGGAGCGACAGAUUUCGCACCUCCGCCAGCUCCCGUGUGGAAUGCAGCUUCCGAAUUGGGCAUAAGUGGCGUUCCGCCGCCACCGACGCUCGACGACGAAGAAACGCGCAAGAAAAAGGAAGCAGCAAUCGCCGAAGAGAAGCGAAAUCAACGUUUGGCACUCGAAAAACAACGAGACGACUGCAAACAACGUGUUACCGCUCUAACACGCGAACUGGAGAUAUUACGAAAUCAGAGAAAAGAUUUGACUUCGUCAUCGAAACGAUCCCCGAGUCCGACAACGAUGAAUUUCAUCCGAGAAAACGACAAAUUGCAAGAGCAGAUACAGGGUAAAUUGAGUACAAUCAAGAAUGUAAUCGAAAUGUUGACGGAUAUCAUCAGCAAGGACAUGUCAAAGUCCGAAGAAAAGUCAGAAAAACCGAAAAAGGACAAGAAAGACGACAAACGUUCACGCAAAGAUGACAAAAGUCCCGCAAAAUCGCGAGAUAAGACGUCAAAAGACUCCUCAAACGGGGUUUUUAACAUCGUACAUUACGAUCCCGAGCUCCAUUGGUGUCAAUUAUGCAACGUUUUCCCCAAAACAGCAAAAGACUAUCUCAAUCACUUGCACAGCAAGGAACAUCAGGCGAAACAACAACCGCCCGAGAUGCCGUGGCGCGAAAAACUCGUUCCCGAUGAAUUCCCAACGCAUCCAGAUGCGCCGCCAAAACGAACUCCCAUUCGUGGAUUGCAAUUUUUCGUGCCCGCUACCGCUUGGUUCUGCAAAUUGUGCAAUUUCUGGAUGGGAGACUUGCAUUGCGCUUCGGUGCACUUGAAAUCCAAAAAACAUGCGAUCGAAUUCGGCAAAGUCCUGCAAAAAGCGCCCAAUUUCGAGAUUGAUUGGGCGACGGAACGUCAACUUGCCUUCGACGAAAGUGAGUCGCAAUUGCAGGAAAGUGGCGGCAGCGGAACGAAUAAUUUCCUCGACAGUAUCCCCCUGCAGCUGAAGACAAAUAGUAGCAAAACGACGGAAACGAAUGUGCAAAAUCUCAUGGACAAGGUGAUGAAAAGUAUUGAGCCGACGAAGAGAAAAUCGCCGGAAAAAACGAAAAAUCGCGCGUCGUCGGACAAGAAAAAACACAAAAAGGACGACAAAGAGAGCAAAAAGAAGCGACGCAAACGGAAACAUUCGUCAAGUAGCAGUUCGAGCUCCAGUAGUUCAAGUUCCAGCGACAGUAGUUCGAGCAGCUCGUCGUCAUCGUCUUCCGAUAGCGAAGAUGAGACGAAGAAAAAGCUCGAUCCGAUUGCGAUUGUACGUAAAUUACAAUCCGAAGCGAUUGCGAAGCGCGAAAAGGAAACGCAAGGCGGAUGGACGUCCGUGCCACAGAGUGCGAUCGAGUCAAAACGCUUAACGAAACCAAAAAGUCCGCCAGUUAACAUACCAGGACCGAAAAUAAUCUCUUUUUCCUCGGAAAAGGAGAAAAGUAGCGAGCCGCGUGAACGUAAAAGUAGUCGAGAGAGACAUCGCACUACAAGUUCCAGUGCACGUCGUGCCCGAACGCCCGAGAAACGUGACAAAGAUAAAGAUCGCACGAAGACAACCAUCAAAAUUGACACGAGCAAGUCGAGUAAAAACGCUCCAACGCCCCUGGAAAAGUCCCGGGAACGAGCUCGUGAAAUGUCAAAGGCAAAAAAUGAAGAGGACAAGAAAAAACAGUCGUUGAACAAGAAAUUGCCGUUCAUCGGAAGGAUGCCGGUGUUCAAGAAACAACAAGCAAUGGAGAAGGAAGAGCAAAAAAAUCGCGAGGAAGCCCAAAAUUACGACAUGGACAGCAGAUCGAACGAUUGUGACGAUUUAAUGCCAGAUCCGAUGCACUAUGCAUUCCUCAAUGCUCCUCCCCCGCCGCCCCCUCCCGCUCAAAACUACGAAAUGCCUCCCGAAGACACGCCGCAACAAUACACAACACAUCACACCGUUGUCGACGAUGGCGAGGAAAUUCUUCCGCCCGGUCUCACCGAAGAAGAUCACGAGUUAAUUCCACAGCCGAUUUCGGAAGCACCGGCUCCUCGCAAAGGUCCUCUGCCCGAUGACUUCCAAACGGCGCUCAAUAUCAUCUUCGAUGGUGCAAAGCCUCCGUCGCCCGUUGCGCCACCCGAACCUGUGGAGGAAAUCGAGCCGCAAUACGUUUACGAUCCCGAUGCCCCAACAAUGCUCACACACGAAGAUCUGUCGCGUCAUUCCUUUGCCACGGAGAAUUUCGGUGAAAUCGUGUUGCCGCCAGCAGAUGUGACGAUGCAAGUGCCGCAAACGAACAACAACCAUAAUAGUCAUAAAAAUGCAAAGACCGCUCCUUUGCCACCGACAGAUCCGCCGAAAAAGGCACCGAAUGCCGCCGAGCAAAUGGAUGCCUUGGAACUCGCGAUGCUAGGUAUUGAUGCUAGUGACUUAGCGGCUCAAUGUAUGUACAAAUGAAAAUUUUGAUUUUCCUUUUUUAUUAUUCGAUUUAUUCAAAAAAUAUCGAUCUUUGCUGAAAAAUUAAUAAAAAAUAUUCACUUUUAAUUUUUGUUCGUUAAUUUAGUUGUUAGAAAAUGUAAAAAAUAAA